AUGUCUGAACUGAUGAACUCCCAAAGCGUGGAAAUGUCAAGUUUUUUCCUCGCCCAACGGUAUUUAUUCUAUUCCGGCGGUGUUUGUUCACGGAAAGUGUAUUUGUUUGCGAGGAGAUUCCACUUGUUCCCCAGCUUUUUCCCGCAGUCGGCGAUGGAAGGAGUUGAGGACUUGACGUUUGACGCAAGGCACAAGGGAGGAGACGUGGACUGUCACGAUAUGAUUUCGACAUCCGGAGUUGAAGAGUUGACGUUGAUUGCAAUCCGACGCCUUCUUGCACCAAAUGACCCUGGGAAAGUGACAAGUACAGACGCUGGAGGAUCCCGACACCUCGAAAGCAUGACCUCGUUCGUCACCGAAUCCGAGCCGAGACACAAAUCGGAUCCGUGGAGUUCAAUUGACCCAAUAAAGGUCAGAUCAAUCGGGAACUUCGAUUCCGGGAACACGGUCUCCAAGUACCAACGGAAACUGUGA